CUCAGAUUUGGCGUCGUCCUCCUGCACACAUAGCUCUCAACAUAGUCAUCACAAGAGGGUAAAUCUUCCAUCUACGGCACAUGAUCACUCGAACUCGAUUGGUUGCAACGAGUGCCACAGAUUUCCAGCUCAUCGGAUCUCCUAGCGAUCACGAUGUCCGACUCCGAAAGUUCUGCAGACGAUCUUUACGUUGUUCUCAACGACUCAGACGACUCCGAUGCUAGCAUUUCAAUCGAUCCUUCAAGCAGUCUCUGGAUAACUCUCCAAUACUCGUUAAAAAUAGGAGCAAUCACCGAGUAUUACCAGGAAGCAACGGGACAACUUUUCGAUGACGAUGGGAACGUCAAUGACCCCGCGCCAGACUCUAAGGCCGUCGCUGGCAGCUCCCUACUUGAUGCUGUCAGAGAUAUGGUUCUUCAUCAUGACAGUCGGGGUAAAGAGGCCAUGUUAUCAUCCGCAUGGCGCAGAGUCAAGUCGGCUGAGAACAAAUUUCGUAAAGUGACUGACCGGUUCGAGGUCAAACUGGAGCAAGUCAAAUCGCUUGACUCACGCUGGAGUGAGGUGGACGCAGACGAAAUCCGAAGAUCAGCCAUUGAUGCUGAGCUACUUACACUGUUAAUGAGUUUAAUGCAGGGUCGGUCGGCCAUCCCGAUGUUACCCAGGGUCACAAUUCCUGAGCUCCCUGCACGCUCGUCUCUAGGGCCUGACAUGACAACGCUGGAAGUGUUCGAGCACGCAAAGUUGGCAUCACCAAAGGACACGAUUCGCCUGGUGAGAAUGGAGUCGAUCACGGAACACCCCAACUCUCCAAUACGUAUAUCGACGAGAACAAUUAGCCUGCAAGACAAUGUUCCCUACUCAACACUAUCUUACACCUGGGGCAAUCCUUUUGGCUUAUUCUGCUCUGAGAACGACCGCGAUGCUGUUCCACGCACAGACGUUCCCAUCAUAUGUGAUGGAAAGCGUUUGGACAUUGGUGAAAACCUGUAUAGAUUUCUCUGUAGAUGGCGGGAGUCGCUGGCCACUCCUGAUGAGACCAAGUGGAAACUCAGCUUAUCCGAUGAGCUGUAUGAGGACGAAGAUGUCAGACAUCCUGCAGAGAUUUGGAUCGAUGCGAUAUGUAUCAAUCAGAGGGACCUUGAGGAGAGGAACCAGCAGGUAUCGAUCAUGGGAGACAUAUACACGAACAGCGUGGGAACCUGGGCAUGGCUAGGAGAGCACGACGAGUUUUCUGAAGUUGGGCUCACCAUUCUGCAAAAGCUGAGCCACCUGCACAACCGAUUCGAAAGUGGCCUUUUUGGAACUCGCGACCUGGAGGAGAAAGACUCAACGCUUGCUCGCUUCUUCCUGCCAGACAGUAACUCAUGGGGCUGGUUCGCUGUCUUCGCACUAUUUCAACGACAGUGGUUUCGGCGGUCGUGGGUAGUGCAGGAAGUCACGCUUUCAUCACGACUGCUCAUUCAAUGUGGCUCGGCAAUUAUGUCCGGCACGUCCUUUUACGCUGCCAUUUAUGGUCUUCGGCGAUUCGACUUCUUGGCGCAGAUGUUCAACGAUAUCAGUAGGCAAGAGCUGAAGGUGGGCCGCCCUUCCCAGGAACACUCUGGAUUCGAAAGGUCCAUCAACGAGCUGUCAGGCUCAAGAUACCAUCUUUGUCGAGACGGAAUAGCCCAAGGUUACAUUGGACACAUUUCUCGCGUAAUAGGCAUCAAGCUGUUCGACCCCGAAAUCCUCGAAAAGGACAGAAAUGGCUUGAAACCCUCCCCGUCUGAGAAGACUGAUAAAGUUUAUGAGUUACUGGGCAUCUGGAAACUCAGUCAGCAAACGCUUUGUGGCGACCCGAGAGAUAAAGUAUUUGCGGUCGCAGCCUUGAUCAAGAAAAACAUUUACAAGACCCCAAACACCAUUCAGGACCGCAGAGCGGUGCAACCGGACUACAAAAAGUCUGUGUGCGAGGUGUACUGCGACGCGGCUUGGUUUACUCUUUUGACUCAUGCCAGCUUGGACGUGUUGUCUAUGGCCGGGCACAUUUCACUAAAAAGUGAACACAACUUACCAUCAUGGGUUCCCGACUUAAACCAAUCGAGUCGCUUCUCGCAAUUAAACAAUCACUUGUUCACUCUGGAUAAUUACCUGCUAUGGAACCCUCAGCUCGGCUGGCUCGCUAGCGGUGGGGCACGCUGGGAAAUUCCACCACCAGCCAAGCGGCACGGACGGCAUUUGGACAUAGAAAUCUCCCUCGUUGGUAGAAUAAAGGUCACAGAGGGCAAAGAGCCUGAAUAUACCGACGAAAAGACUCGAGAUGCGGCAUUACGCGCGAGAUUCAGGAAGUUUCUGGACUUCUCAACACUACUUCCACCUACCUAUCUCGGCCAUCCAGAUGGCCAAAGUCGGCUUGAAGUCAUCUGGAGAACGAUCAUACUCGAUGCGGAGGACGUUCAUAACUUGGAUGCUGCCUCGCCAGCCUCUCCCAAGUACGCCGCCAGCUUCGAGAAGUUGUGCAAGGAAGCUAUUCAACAUGUGCUUGACGAUAUUGCGGCGGGCAAAGUUGAUGACACGGAUUUGCAUAGGUCUACGGAGGCUAUGCGGGACAUGGAGAGGCUGCAAGAUCUUUCAGCCUCGUUCAGUCGAAUGGACAUCGAGGACGAUGAGGAUGCAUUCGGAACCUUUUGCCAGCGAGUCCUUCACUCCAUGGCGACACGCAGGCUUUUUAUUGCUGACACAGGCCACGUUGGCUGUGGAGAGUCCGAGCUUUGUGUUGGCGAUGUAAUAGCUGUUGUGGCUGGAUCUUCCGUCCCCUUUCUCUUGAGGCCUAUCUCCGAUGGGAGGUAUGUAUUGAUUGGGGAAGCUUAUGUUCACGGCAUCAUGUUUGGCGAGCAUGCUAUGAAGCCUGACGUGAAAUGGGAGCCUAUCACAUUGGAAUGA